UUAUAACUCGAGGAGAAGACUUUUAGAGCAUUAAUUAGGCGUAUUCCAUAUUUAGUGCAUGUCCGGUAGUAAUUAUGAUAAUUGAAUUUUUUACCAUUAAAGAGAAAAGUGGGUCCCAUUUGUAAGUGAGAGAUAAAAUAUUAUGGUUAGAAUAGUGAAAUAAUGAUUAAAAAUUUAAUUUUUGGGUGAAAAAUUGCUACCAAACAAGGCUCAUUGAUGGCUACCAUAACCUUAAGCGUGUAACCUUAAGUGCAUGCAUAUAUUCGUAAUUUGGCACAACCAAAAGCUCAUAAGUAAACCCAAACAUAUGUGCUUAACAUAUCAACUUUUUAAUAUAAGUGCUUAUUUCAUAUAUAAGAUAGCUCCACCUUUUAAAGGCUACUCAAACAUGUUCUUAAUCUUUUGUAAUACGUUUUGAUCGAUCAACCUAAGAUUUGUUUUUAAUUUUUACCAUCUUGUAGUAAAUGAGCUUUUAUUUUGAGAUGCUUAGAUCUCUAAAUACAUUACAUCCAGACAAUUCGGGUGACCGAGUUCAUCUAAAUUGGAAAGCUCCCUCCCUAGCAAAGCAAGUGGUAAUGAAUGAGAACCGAAUUUAUUUAUUUUCCUUUUUUUUUUUUUAUUAAAAUUGAUAUCAUCACGAAAAUAAGUCGAGGUUAAGUCAUUAAGAAGUGUCGUCAUUCUCACACAUUUUAAAGCACUCUAGGAGCAUGUUUCGGAAGUAUUUAUAAACGUUUAAACUUAUAAAUAAAAAUAGAAGUUACAAAUGUUUUUUUUGGAGACUAGAGAUCCAAUUGACGGUUUUGCACAAAUUGCUGCUGAUCUCUUCUUAGUUACCUCAUAUCCCACAACAAAAUUAAUUAAUUCAUUAACCUAUAAUUAUCUCAUGCAUGCAAGAACUAAAAUUUCGAAUUUUCCUCAUUUGAUUAUCAAUGGGUGACGAGCAUGAAAUGUCGAGUUUAAGGGAGAGGAGAAAGAAGUCUCCCAUAUGCCUUUCUUGUUUCUUCCAAAGAAACCAUUCAUUUGAUGGCUCCUCUUCGUCGCCUUCAACUCCGAAGAAAUCUCCUUCAGCGUGGAUUCGAUCGAAGGCUCAUGAUCUCCCCGAAAUCAAACACAAAUGCAGGAACCUUAUAUCACGCAUGGGGCGACAGCGACGCCAUUCUUCUGCUGAUUUUAGCUAUGAUCCUCUGAGUUACUCCCUCAACUUCGAUCAUGAUGAUCAUGCUUACGAGUUUUGCGGCAGCCACCUUCCGGAAAUCCCGACCAAGAAUGAUAUCAGUAUUUGAAUUAAUUUGCUUGAAACUAGAUACAUAACCGCCGCAGAUGAAACCACCUAGUGCCUUUGCCGUGGGUGGCCGAGGAGGAGGAGGCGCCUCCACGGAGUAACAUGAUGAAGCCAGAAGUGAAAUUAUUGCCUUCCCUAAGGAGUUGUUUCAGUAAUUUUCUCUGUUCUAUAUCUGAAUUAGAAAAUAUUGCAUUGGGGAGUUGCAUUUUUCUUUCCUUCAUUAUAGGAUUUUACUUGUGAAUAUUAGUUUUAUUUUAACUUAAUAUAGGAUUUUACUAGUGAAUGUUAAUUUUAUUCG